GGAAAUUUUGCUCUUCGGUUUUGCUAUUCAUCGGAGAGACUUUGAUUUUGAUUUUGCAUCAAGAUAUUGUGUAAAACUAGAGAUUGAAAUAUUAUUGGGUUCUCUACUGUACGCAAUAGGGUUUCAUUACUACAUUUUAUUGAUCUCAAUACGACGCCGUAUCAUCAAUCAACAUGUCCAUUCUCAAGAACGUCCUUCCCAUCCUCCUCCUUGCUCUUCCCAUGGUCAUGGCAGCUGUCGGUAGCGAUUAUCCUGAACCACUGUCGAAUUCACAAAAACGAAACUUCAGUUCCGAACAGAAAAGUGUUGUCGCUGUUCACGUAAUUAUCAGCGUGGUCAUCCUCGUAGUUUUCCUCAUCAUUAUAGUAACCUUGGCGACGAUCGGUUCACGGAGACGAAGACAAAGACACACGCAAUACGCAGGAAAGACAUAUGGUAGACCAGGAGCGAAUACAGCGGCUCCACCUUAUAGUGUUACAGACGAUAUGAAUUUGCCGGCCUAUUCAUAUGCGCCGGUGAAUGGGGAAACAGUUAUUGCUCAGCAAUCAUCGGGGAUCGCACAGCCAGCACCAGCGCAUGUUUCGAAAGAUGUGGUUUGAGGGAUGAGUUGUGUAUGAUUUGAUUUUGAGCGAGAUUUAUGUAUAAAUCGUUGUGUGUAUUAUGCCUGCAGUUUGGGUUAUAUGGUAGCUACAGCGGCUGAUUUCGGUGGUUUGGGAAGCGGAUCGAUGAUGACGGCGUCGAUGGAAUAUCUUCUUUGUUGAUUGAGUGUUUGUUCAAUAUAAUGUUGGUGAUAUCUGCAUUACACCUCCA